GGACAAUGCCCUCCGAGAAUGCUGGCGACCAGCGACCCCAGCCAAGCGCCGGAAUCUUUGCAGUCCCCGCACCAAUAAAACGUCUGUUUGACAAGUUUCCGCUCCUAACGUACUCUGCGAAUGACCUUCCUCUGCGCGCCCCUCGGAAUCGCGACAGACAUGUCCUGCACGUCUUUACCACCCCUCGUGGCGCCGAAUUGGGUUCGCCGUCAUAUAACCCAGCGUGUCUGAAGUGGCAGGCAUACCUCAGGUUCUGCAAUAUUGACUUCGUAAUUGCUUCAUCGAACAACCACGCUUCUCCCAGCGGCUCUCUACCUUUCCUCCUCCCCUCGUUGACGGAUCCGUCCAAGCCUGCACAACCGGUUCCGUCCGGAAAGCUGCAGAGAUGGGUUAUGAACAACAGCGCCUCGGCCAGGGAGGAGCCAUCUGAUUUGCGAUAUGAAGCAUAUCUUUCGCUUCUCGAUCACCGCAUACGGCGAGCUUGGCUUUACACCAUCUACCUCUCGUCGAACUCUACUACUAUCGCCGAACCUUUCUACAUCCUCCCAGCUUCAAACAACCCUUUCGUUCGGCUCACUGUUGCGUAUGAACUGCGGUGCGCUGCGGAGAAGGAAUUGCUGAAAGCUUCUGCAGUCAUUGAUUCUAACCUGCUCUACAAGGAAGCCGAAGAAUCGUUUGCAGCUCUCGAAAUGUUGCUAGGCAGCAACAACUGGUUUUUUGGAGCUAAAAAGCCUGGUUUAUUUGACGCCAGUGUCUUCGCAUAUACGCACCUUCUCAUGGACGAAAAUUUUGGCAAUGGCUGGGUAGACUCUCGUCUCCGCGGCGUGCUCCUUCAGCGGAAGAAUUUGGUCACUCAUCGGAACAGAAUCCUUACUACUUACUUUCCGUGAACCCGCACUGGAACGCCAAUAAUGAGUGGCCAAUUUACACGACUGUGUGCAAUACUUUGUACGAUACCGAAAAGCAAGUUUUGGACAGGACAUGAUGAGAAAGGCUCGGGCUUAGUAGCGUAUUGUAGCACUGCAUUCCGGCGAGGCAUACGGCUCUUCUCAUUUGAUACCACAAUUCGGAAAUGCACCCGCGCCUGUUUGCUUUUGAAUGGGUGUGGCUUGCAAACCAUCACUUGGCGUUUCCUCGGGACGAGGUGGAUUUCGUGCAUGAUGUGAGUCAUAUGUCUGCACAACGUGAUAGGGGGGAACAAGGCAUGGAUAGAAAGAAACUGAGCUAAAAAUGCGUGAAAGGGGC